GGGUCCCUAGGCCUGAGAUGGCUGCCUACCGAGAAGUCCAGGACAUACAAGGUGAUGCUUCCUAACCAGAAAUGCAUGUAGAGGAAUUUCCAAAACCCGGGGCCAGACUCUCAUGACUGCUGACAGGGCUCCACCAAGCAUGGAGAAAACCUUGCUAUUGAAUGUAGAAGGCAUUAAGAAGACCAUUCUUCAUGGAGGGACUGGGGAGCUCCCUCACUUCAUCAAUGGAUCCAGAGUGACAUUUCAUUUCCGAACUAUGAAAUGUGAUGAGGAGCGGACAGUCAUAGAUGACAGCAAGCAGGCCGGCCAGCCCAUGCAGAUCAUCAUUGGAAAUAUGUUCAAACUGGAAGUCUGGGAAAUCCUGCUGACCUCAAUGAGGAUAGGAGAGGUGGCUGAAUUCUGGUGUGACACAAUCCACACUGGUGUCUACCCCAUCCUCUCAAGGAGCCUGAGGCAGAUAGCAGAGGGCAAGGACCCCACAGAGUGGCAUGUUCACACAUGCGGGUUGGCCAAUAUGUUUGCCUACCACACUCUUGGUUAUGAGGACCUGGAUGAGCUGCAGAAGGAGCCCCAGCCCCUGAUCUUCAUCACAGAACUCCUCAAGGUGGAAGCUCCAAGUGAUUACAAGAGAGAAACCUGGAGCCUCAACAACGAUGAGAAGAUGCGCGUGGUUCCCGUCCUCCACGGCGACGGCAAUCGUCUUUUCAAGCUGGGACGCUACGAGGAAGCCGCAGCCAAGUACCAGGAAGCCAUCAUCUGCCUGAAGAACCUGCAGACCAAGGAGAAGGCUUGGGAGGUUCAGUGGCUGAAGUUGGAGAAGAUGAUCAACACCCUGGUUCUCAACUACUGCCAAUGCCUGCUGAAGCAGGAGGAGUACUAUGAGGUGUUGCAGCACACCAGUGACAUCAUCCAGCACCACCCAGGUAUUGCAAAGGCCUACUACGUGAGGGCCAGGGCUCAUGCAGAGGUGUGGAAUGAAGCAGAGGCCAGAGCAGACCUGCAGAAGGUGCUGGAGCUGGAUCCUGCCAUGCACAAGGCAGUGAAGAAGGAGCUGAGGGUCCUAGAGAUCCGGAUGGAGGAGCAGCGGGAGGAAGAGAGGCAGCGCUGUAGGAACAUGCUGGGCUAAGCCUGGGGAAGGGCUCAGGGCCGGGAGCUGCCUGGUGGGCUCCAUAGCCUGCUGAGGCUUCACUCACAACACCAAAGCAGGAGGGCCUGGAGGCUGGGUCUGCUGAUCUAUAAUUGGGCUGUUGUGUGUAGUGUUUGAAAGCACUUAAUUCCUGCCCGGAGGGUCUCAUGGAGCACCCUUGCUCUGGCCUUCCUCUACUGCAGAAGGCACUCCAGCAGUAGGGCAGCACUCUUCUGCUGGGCAGGGUUCAGUCACUUUGCCAGCGGGGCCAGCUCUCAAUGCUCUGUUGUGCAUUUAGAAAUAAAAAUGAAACCAAACCUCAGGCCUCUCUGUUC